CACCCAGCACCAUAAGCCAGAGGGUGCUCCCCGGUAAGGAGGGAAAAGGUGUGUUCACAGCCACUCAGUCAGAGAGAGUGACACAAGCCCUAUUAGGAAAUCCCUGGAGGACAAGGAUAUAAAUCCCUGCCUGGACUGCUGAGUUUCCACUGAAGGUAAAAGUUGGGCCUGGCAGCCUUCCCCAGGCGAGAAGCAACAAAGUCAAAGAAUGCAGGGCUGCAGGUGAUGCUGCUGGUCAUGGAUGACACUUUGAAUAGCAAGGCUUCAAAACAUUUGGGACAAGGUUUUCUUACUUGGGAGCAAGGAAGAAGUGAAAGCAAAGCUGUGGAUAGUUCCUGAAUUUUCUAGAGCUAAUAUUCAUCAGAAUGUUUUUUUAAAUGUCUGUGAUUAGGGGGUGCUGAACCUGAGAUCACCUCCCGUGUCCUUCAGAAGUUGCUGGAAACAAUGCUCGUCUUGUACGUGUUGAUAAUCGGUGUUUAUUCCUUCACCGAUCAGCCUGAGGAACACACAGUGGCUGCAGGAAACUGCCAGUUUCUUGGCAAGCAUUUCAAAACUGACUUCAAAGUGGAAGGGGAGCCUGUGGUCCUGAAGUGCCCCCAGGUGCAGUAUUGGUUGUGGGAGUCUGUCAGCCCCCACGUCAACGUGACAUGGCAUAAAAAUGAUUCUGCUAGAACGAUUCCAGGGGAAGAAGAGACACGAAUGUGGGUCCAGGAUGGUGCUCUCUGGAUCUUGCCAGCCUUGCAAGAGGACUCUGGCACCUACCUCUGCACUGUCAGAAACACGUCUUACUGUGAUGAAAUGUCCACUGAGCUCAGGGUUUUUGAGAAGACAGAAGCUUCCCUGCCUUUCAUAUCAUACCCGCAAAUUCUUACGUUGUCAACCUCUGGGUCCUUAGUUUGCCCUGAGCUGAGUGAAUUCAUCCGUAACAAAAUGGACAUGAAGAUUCAGUGGUACAAGGAUUCUGUCCUUUUGGAUCAAGACAAUGAGAAGUUUCUAAGUGUGAGGGGAACCUCUCGCUUACUCAUACAUAAUGUGUCUGUGGAGGAUGCGGGUUAUUACAGCUGUGCCAUGACAUUCGCCCACGAAGGCAUGCAGUACAACGUGACUAGGAAUAUUGAACUACGUGUCAACAAAAAAGAAGAGGAGACAAUUCCUGUGAUUAUCUCCCCCCACCAGACCAUCUUAGCUUCACUGGGGUCAAGAUUGACAAUCCCAUGUAAGGUGUUUCUGGGAGCUGGCACACAUUCGACCACCAUGCUGUGGUGGAUGGCCAACACCACCAGCAUAGAGAGCGCAUACCAGGGAGGCCGUGUGACCGAGGGGCAGCGCCAGGAAUACUCGGAAAAUAACGAGAACUACAUUGAAGUGCCACUGAUUUUUGAUCCAGUCAUAAGAGAGGAUUUGAACACGGAUUUUAAAUGCGUUGUGCGCAACACACUGAGUACUCAGAUGCUACGUACCACGGUCAAAGAAGCUGCCACAUUCUCCUGGGGGAUUGCGCUGGCCCCCCUCUCCCUGGUCUUCUUGGUUUUGGUGGGAAUAUGGAUGCACAGACGGUAUAAACACAGAACUGGAAAAACAUAUGGUUUGACCACGUUAAAGACUGGCCCUUAAGAUUUUCAAUCUUACACGAGUGAAAUAAAGGCAAUAAAACAAUUCAAAUCCAAGCGAUAUCCUUUUUCAUGGAAGUGGCUUGACCUUUUCGAAGAUAGUGCUCUUCCUCAGUUUAACAGAGCUGCUGUGUUUAUGGUGAAGCCCUAAAGAAAGAAUGUGAUGUUUAUCCUGAAGCUGAAUGACAGGAGGAAGUGUGCAUGUGGGCGGGUGAGUAGCUCCCUGCCACUUGUGACCUGUUUAAAAGAGUGAGGUGCCCCCAGG